AUGACUGAAGAAAGUAAAAUGAAUGUGAAAUUGAAAAUAGAUAAAGAAAUUCCUAAAAGUUAUAAAAAAGUAAAAGAUUUUGAUGACAAUGAAUAUAAUAAAUUUUUAAUAAAUAUUAUGGAAAUCAAACAAAAUGAUGAUAUAAAGGAAAAUAAAGAUUUUUGUAAAGGAAAAUAUGAUAUAAUCACUACAGAUUCUAUAUCUACAACGACGGAUGAAAUUUCAAAUAUUUACCAUAUUGAAAAUAAGGGUGAUGAAAAAGAAAGAUUUGUAAUACAUGAAGAAAAGAAUUAUUCUAAUACUACUAAUAUUUUAGAAGAAAAUACAAAUAAAAUUGAGGAGAAUAAUAAUAAUCAAAAUAGUGAUUAUGUUUCAAUUAAUAAUAUAACUCAUAAAUAUAAUAUAAAAGAGUUAAACAUUUAUCAAGAUAAUAAUAACAGUUUCUUAUAUAAUAAUUCUAACAAUAAUAUUCAAAAUUUCAUUAAUCAAGAAAAUGAAAUUAAUAAGAAUAUAAAUGAUAUUGAUAUUGCAUUUUGUGUAAAUAAAAAAUUAAAUAAUGUAAAUUUAAAAAAUGAAUACAACACAAAUUAUUAUAUUAAAAAUAAUAUAGAUGAUAAAAUUAAAAAAUAUGAAAAUGCAAUGGAAUUAACAUAUAAAAAUGAAAAUUUCGUAAAUCAUAAUUUAUAUUCAAAUAAUAUUAAUAAUAAAUAUAUUUCCAAUAAUAUUAAUUAUAUAAAUAAAAACAGUAAUAUUAUAAAACAUAAUUUAAAUAACAAUAAUCUAAAUAAUUUAAAUAAAAGUUAUAAUACUAAUGUAAAUAUUAAAAAUGACGUUAUACAUAAUAACAAAAUUAAUGAUAAAAGUUCAAAUUUAAUGAAUUAUUUUAAUGAAAAUAAUAAAAGCAUUAAUGAUAUAAUUAAUUUGAAAAACAUUAGAAAUAUUGAUAACUUUUCACAUUUUACAUAUAAUGAUAAUAAUAGAAUUAGAAGAGUAAAUAAUAAAAGUGAAACAAUGAAUAAUAUAAAUACAAUUAAAAGUAUAAGAAGUGUAAACAAUUUAAAUAAUAUAAGUAAUAUGAAUGAUUUAACUGUUGUAAAUAAUAUGAAUAAUUUCAAUUGUGAAAAUAAUAAUAUGUAUUUUCUAAAUAUGAAAUUCAAUAAAAAUACAGAAAAUGAUAAAAUAAGAAGUAACACAAAUAUAUCAAAAGAUAUUUUAGAAAAAUCGCAUAAUAAUUUAAAAAACUCACAAAUUAAACAAGAUAAAAUAAAUCAUAUUAAUAAAAAUGAGGAUAAAUUAAAAUUUUUGAAAAAUAAUUCUGUAGCUAAAAAAAAUGUUGACAUAAAAGAUUCAAUGAAUUGUGUUAUUCAAAUGAAUAAUGUUAAUGAUGCAAACAAAAAUAAUUAUGAAUUAAAAAAUACAAGUAUAUUAAGUAACAACUUAGUUGAUAAAUUAAAAAACAUAGAUGUUGACCAUAAAAAUAAUAAAAAUCAAUUCAUAACUAAAAAAGAAAUGAUAUUUAUUAAAGAUAAUAAGAAUAAUAAUGAAUUAUAUUCAAGUAGUAUAAAUUUAAAAGACGCAAAUAAUAACAAAAAUGCUAUAAAAAAAAUAUCAAAGAGAAAAAAAGAUUUGAAUAAUAAUUCAUACAAAAAAUUAAACGAUGAAAAUUAUAAAAUAAUAAAAAGUUUAAUACAGAAGAAAAAUAUUAUUAAUAAUAAAUAUAUUAAUGCAAUACCUAAAUAUGACCUUAAGGAUUUUUCUCAAAAUAAUAAAUGUAUAGAAAAGGAAUAUAAAGAAUUAUUACAUUUAGAACAAAAUGCAGAAGUUCAAAAAGUCAUAAAUAAUAAAAAAAAAAUAAUUUUAACAAAAUUUGAACUAAAGAUAUUUUUAUUAAACACAAUUAAAGCUAUAGGAAUUGUUUUGAAAAACUGGAAAUUAAAGAAAUUUGGUUUAUACUUUUGGUUUCAUAUAAAAUGUAUAGAAAAUGAACUUGAUUUAAGUUUCUACAUUAAUAUUUUUAAUUUCUUAUUUGAAAUAAUAACAGGAAGAAGCAUUUAUUGCCAAUCAAACGAUAUAAAUAACAUAGUAAAAUUAUUUAAAGAAUUUAUUAUUUAUGAUUGUAAAAAUAUUUUUAAGAAAAGUGUAAAAAUAUUAAAUAAAUAUGCAAAGAAAAAUUCCAGUAAUUUUUCAAUUUUUGAAAAUAAUGAAGAUAUAAUAAAAUUAAACAAAUCUUUAUUAUUAAAUGAAGAUGAAUUAAAUACGAAUAAUAAGAAAAAUAAUUUUUAUGAUUAUUUAUUUAAUACAAUGAAAGAAACAAAUGAUUUCUUUGAAAAAAACGGUCAAGAAGAUAUGUAUUUUUACAAUAUUUUUGCAAAUUUCAAUGAAUUAAAUUAUAAUGAAAUAUUCAAUUUUUAUAUAUUUUAUAACAAUGAAUUAAAUAAAUCUAAAAAACUACUUAAUGAUAAUGUAUAG